UUUUUUGUUACUUCCUUUGCUCGGUUGUCCUUCUCUCGCCCGCUAUCUUCCCGUCCCUUUUCUUUCCAUCGUUCCCUCAAAAUGUGGCAUUCAACAGGGCUUCUACGGUGCUUGCGGUGGUGCGGAAUCCGCGCCGGUUUGCCGCGACGCGGGGUGCAUCGGGGAAAUGAUGCGCAGAUUGGCCGGAUCAUCUCAAAAACCACCACCCUCUACCUCCAGCCCUCCUCCUACUACAGUUCGUCCCCCUCUGAUUCUCUCGCUCGCACUCCCACCCUUGUCCUAUCACUUCUUCCCGUUCCAUCUCUCUUCUUCCCUCGUACACUCGGUCGUCGACGGUCGCCAGGGGAUGGAAUACAACCCCCACUUUCAGCACCGCCGCCGAACAACCACCCUGCCACCGCUGCUUGCCACCGUACCCGACGACGAGUGACUGAGUCCUCCGAUUAUUAUCUCAUUUGCUGGCACGAGCAGCACGCGACGCUUGUGUCGCACCGCAGGAUCCGUAGAUCGCUGCAUCUGGAUCACCGAACAGGACACACGACCACCACCAACGAUCCUUCAACCUGUCGUCGCUUGUGCAGUGAUCAUCCUGAGAAACCUGCACCAUGACCACGACCACGGGAGAUCCGUCGACCCUGAAGAGUCCAGCCUCGCUUUCCGGCGGCGAUUUGGUGUCCCGUCUACUGGCGGCUACUCCUCCAUACCUGUACAACGUUCCCCUAACGCCGCACAGCUUCUUCUUCAGCGAAAUGCUUCGUUCGUUCGUGCAAGCAAAAACCGAGGCAUCCUCGACGAGCAACGUCACAAACGCGCCUCGACGUCGCAAGAGAUCCUGGCGGGACGCUCGGGAUCGUCCACUGGAGUUAACCACCAAAGAGAGACAGCACCAUCAUCAUCACCAUCAUCAUCAUCCUCAACAGCCGCCGCAAGAGAAAUACUUCCACUCUCAACAGCAGCAACAGCAACAACCGGAAGCGCGGUUGGAGAGCAGAAGUAAGCAGAGCGACGGCUAUGACGCCGAGAGUAAAGUGGGUAACUUCGAGCAGAAACCGAGUUUCGGCGGGGACAUCUUGAAGACCACGGACGAGACCAAGUCAGAUUUCUGUAAACAGAGCAAGAAUUUCUUCGACGAGCGACCCCGUCACUUCGAGCAAGCACAACCACCGGAAAACAUGUUCACCGGUGAAUUGCAGAAGGUGAAACCCGAGGAAUCGCACUCGAGCGAUCGUAAAAAUUGCAAUUAUAACGACAGAAGUACGUACGACGAGCGUACCAAGAGCACGGUCGGCAAUCAGGAACUGCCUCUGUUGACGGAUCAAAAGAAGCUCGAUUUCUCGAGGAACUUUCUACCCGGCCUACCCGGAAGGGGAUGCGACAUGCUUCCGGCGGUGAAGGGAUUCGGUUUGCCCGGCAACGUGACGAAUCCAGAGUUUCUCCCCAGUCCACUCUGGUACCCGCCUUAUCCGAUACCUCAAUCCUAUCCAGGCAUCGAUCCGUUGCACUUCUUCAUCGACCUUCGCGUGUCCGGACACAUCUGGGAUCGCAAGCUGAGCGAGAGGCAACUACCCUUCAAAGGGAAACACUGUUCGGCAUUCAGCGUGCCUCAAUCAAAGGAGUACAACAGCAAUAGGCCGUUGAAUUUGACCAGAGACGAAGCGAGUACGUCGAGGAGUAGCGAGGAUAAUCCUCGUGGUACCAAUUACAUCCUGAGGCAACUGACCAGGACGUACAGGGACAUCGGCCAGGCACGGAAAGCGUCCAGGAGCGAGACGUCCAUCUCCGGAGAGAGUGAAGACAGUUCCAAGGAUGUUGAUAACAACGAGAGGUCGCCAAAGCCGGAAGACGCGUCCUCCGCGUCGACGAACACGGAGGAGGAGAGGAAGGAUCUUCGAGCGCUGAUCGGGUUGGAAUUGGUGGUGGAUUACGUGAAAGAGCCGAAGGGAGAUCCAUCGAACGAGCAGACUUCGCAAGUAACCGAAUAACUCGUGGAAAUCGUACGAUUCUCUUUUCUUCUCGAC